AGCACCGGUUCGUCAGUGACCCUGCUUGUGGGGGUUAUACACCAGCAAACAGUGACCUUGCUUGUGGGGAUUUUACACCAGCAAACAGUGACCCUGCUUGUGGGGAUUAUACACUAGCAAACAGUGCGCCUGCCAGUGGGUGUUAGACGCUGGCCAUGACCUAUAGAGGAGACGUCUAUUUCGUUCCCGUACUGUAUCCGUUUUGCAUGAUUGCACAUGAAGUGAAACCGAGGACGGGGAAACCACGGGAAGUGAUGAUGCACGGCGUCUGUCGUGCCUCGAAUUUGAGUUUGGGGCGUGACAACUUGGCAAGAGAUCUCAAGGAUGAGAAUGAAGAUAUUGAUGUUCUUCAGUGGUGGAAGAUGAAUGAGUAUAGAUUUCUAGUGGUAGCAACCAUGGCAAGAGAUGUCUUGGUAGUUCCAAUAUCUACUGUUGCUUAUGAAUUAGCAUUCAGUAUUGGAGAUCGGAUUCUUGAUGCUUUUCAAUCAUCAUUGACACCAAGAAUGGCACAAGCUCUCAUUUGUGCACAAGAUUGGUUGAAAGAUAAGGCUAUUUCUAAUAUGGAGGAGGAUUUGGACAAAUUGGACAGUUUAGAGAAAGAGUUUGAUAAGCUUCAUUUGGAUUCCACCAUUCUUGAAUGAAUGGUGAAUUUAUAAAUGGUAAGGCUUAGUACUUUGUUACUACUCUAAUUUGUUUUAGUGUUUAAAUAGCAAAGUUUGUACUUUAGAAAUAGCUUGUGAUAAUGUGAUGCAAUGUAGGUACUUGAUGAAAUAUAUGAUAUUUCUAAUUCCAAUUAGUACUCUAUUAUUGGUUUCUUUUUUUCAAUUGGUUUUACUUAUUUAAUGUAGUCGUUGUGUUUUGCUGUUUAAAGAUCCCUUUUUUUUUCUUCUUUUUUUUUUCUGUUUUAAGGUAGAGAUUUUGUAAAUUAAGAUGGGUUUGUUGA